AUGGCGCGAAUACCCACCACCGAGCUGAGGAAAUACCUUCUAACCGGCCAAUUAACCCGCCGCGGCUGCCUCCAUCUUAGAUCAUCCACCCUCGCACCACCAAUACUGCCCCUCCGAACCUUGUCCACCACCCCUACAACCCCUUCCGACCAGCAACCCCAGAUUAUCCCCCUCCGCAAACAACUCAAAGACCAAGCCAAAGCCGCCAAACUUUCCGGCUCCCCCAAGAAAAAGCUAAAAAAAUCCGACAACCAAACCGUCCCCGGCUGGGACCUCACCGUCGGCAUCGAAAUUCAUGCCCAACUCAACACCCCCUCCAAGCUCUUCUCCCCCGCCUCGACCCCCAGCAGCAGCUCUGACGACGCAGCCCACCACCACCACCCCAACACCCACGUCGCCCCCUUCGACCUCGCCAUCCCCGGCUCCCAACCCUCAUUCCAGCCAACAGCCCUCAUCCCCGCCAUCCGCGCCGCCCUAGCCCUCAACUGCCACAUCGAGUUCAUCUCCCGAUUCGACCGAAAACACUACUUCCACUGGGACCAACCUUCUGGUUACCAAAUAACGCAGUAUUACCACCCCUUUGCCCGAUCAGGUUCGGUAACCUUGUACCCGCGAGAUGGCAUCGCAGCAGAAGACGGGGAGCAGGUAACAGUGGGGAUAAAACAAGUCCAAAUGGAGCAGGACACGGCCAAGACGCUCGCGCAACCUAACUCGACGCACUAUCUUGAUUUCAACAGGGUGGGUGUGCCGCUGGUGGAAAUCAUCACCGAGCCGUGUAUCCACCGCCCUGCCACAGCGGCGGCAUUUGUGAGGAAGGUGCAGAUGCUGCUUAAGAGCGUUGAUGCUUGUAUUUCUGGGCUGGAGCAAGGUGGUUUACGAGCGGAUGUCAAUGUUUCUGUCAAGAGGACUGGGGAAGAAGAGCUGGGGACGAGGACGGAGAUUAAGAAUUUGAGUAGUUUUAAGGCGGUGGAGGAUGCGAUUAUUGCUGAGAGGGAUAGGCAGAUUAGGGUGUUGGAGGAAGGGGGGAGGAUUGAAGGGGAGACGAGGGGGUGGAGCUUGGGGAGUAUGGAGACGAGGAGGUUGAGAGGGAAGGAGGGGGAGGUGGAUUAUAGGUAUAUGCCUGAUCCGGAUUUGGGGCCGGUGGUGAUUGGGAGGGACUUGGUGGAGAGGUUGGGGGAAACGAUGGGGAUGUUGCCGGAUGAGGAGGUUGGGGUAUUGAUGGGGAGGUUUGGGUUGAGCGAGAGGGAUGCGAUGGCGUUGAUGUUGAUGGAGGGGAGGUUGGAGUACUUUUAUGGGGUGUUGGAGGAGUUGGAGAGGAUGUUAGGGGUUGAGGCGGUGGAAGGGGGGGAGCAGAGGCAUACGAUGCUGGCGGCAAAUUGGUGUCUGCAUGAGUUGGGGAAGUUGGCUGAGGCGGAAGAGGUGGGGGAGGCCGCUGCUAAGGAGGUCACCAGUCAAGUGCCGGAGCAGGAUUUGGCUGCCAUUUUGUUUUACUUGCAUCAGAAGAAGGUCACGGCCAAGGUGGCGAAGGAUUUGCUCUGGGAUGUUUUCCGGGGAACGAUUGCGACUGGUGGAGUGACUGAGCAGAUUGACAGUCAAGAUUUGUGGUACGAGGAAAUUAACGAGGCAGACUAUGCGGCCAUUGCUGAUGAGGUGAUCGAGGGCCAGGAGAAGGUGUUGCAGGACUUCCUCAAGUUUAAGCAGGGAAAGAGCAAAGCCUACCCCCAGGGCAAGCUGGGAUUCUUGGUCGGCAAGAUGAUGAGGGCUGGUCCCGAGCAGGGAAAGGGGAUGGAUCCUGCUUCUGCUGAGAGGGUCAUGAGACUGAGGAUUGAGCAGGUGUAUAUUCCAAGACUGGAAGAGGCUCAAUAA